AUGACCGCUGAAGCGCGGGGCUGUCUACCCAGCGACAGCCACUCGGUGGCGUUGCUCCAACGGGAGCCUUCUCGCAGCGGAAGUGGUGGAGAAGUGCAGCGUCUAUUGAAGGGUGUCGAGUGUAGCGGUGAUCUUACCACCUUGAUACUUAAUUCUUCAUCUGUCAGCACUCCGACAAACACGACAAGCAAUCAGGGCUGCCUCAAAGGCCAUGGUUUGCCCCUUACCGCAGGUGUCCCUUACCUCACCGGUGUUGGGGGCUUCCAAUCCUCCACUCAGUCUGGCGCCUAUAACAUGAUCAACAGUCUUCCCGGUUUCUCAACGGAAUCGCCAAAUGGGCAGUUGGUACAAUAUGACACCCAGUGGAACGAUUCACAGCUGCAGAACAGCGCUGGUAGCCGUACUGAAGCGCUCCACGAGGUGCCGCCAUACGCCAGCAGCAAUGUUGUGUCUCCGGAAAUGAAUCAAUCCACCUGGAAUUCCGCAAUUGAGGUACCUAUGAAAAUGCAUCUUGCUAAUCAAAGCAAUACUUUGGACAAGCAUUCUUGCCCCAUUCGCUUGAUGCCAUCUUUGGCCUCGAUACCUUAUAUCGCGAAUGGCCCUUUUCUACUUUCCUACUCUUUACUUGUACAAGUGAAUCUUGUUUUCACUAAGCCGUAG